AUGGAUGAGUUCUGCUCACGCCAAGAGUCAGAAUGCAUCACAGGGUGCUCAAAGCAAUCCAAAGCAACUGUCUCCUCGAAAUGCCAAGAAGAAAACUGCGUCUCAAAAAGACUCGCGAUACCCUCAAAUCUUAUAUGGAGGUGAAAUGGAAGCCUUCGAGACGCACAUCGGAACAAUUCAAAAGGCUCUUGCGAAUCAGACAUUUGUCUUUACAAGGAGGACAAGUAUACAAUCUUAUAACACAACAUUCAGUCACGACUAUAUUCAAUUCAGGAGAUCGCUUCAAAAUCAGGAGUCUCCUAUGAAGCGGAAGAGGUCUUCGAGUCUUCUAGCUUUGGCCACUCAAGCUUCCCAACUUAUGCACAGCAGUUGUCCACCUGUUUUCAACCUGUUUGUGUUGCAUUUAGUUGAUGACGUCACAUACCAGGCCAAAGAAGUCUGUGUUUAAUGAAUGGAUUGCUGCUUUCAAUAACGACCCUGGGAACCCCUUUUUUGCCAUAGUUAUUCUUGUAUCAGACCAAGUCCGACUGAACAAGAACAGCUCCAAGGAAUCAACUUAAUUAUAGGGUCCACACUAGUUCUAUAAUUUCAUGUUUCUGCAAAAUAUACCAAAAUCAGAUACAAAAAAAUCAGUAAAGGAAAGGAAGCUGCUCCAAAUGUCGUGGGCAAAAAUUGUUAUUUAAAAUUUGAGAGUUAAUAUAGAGGAAAAGAAAUAUUUAUGGAUAAUUUGCUAUUUGCUCAUUGAUUGUAUUAUUACUAGUUUGCCAUAAUGUUUUUAUCACAAAUAGUUUUGUGAUAAACGGUUGGAUACCGAUGUUAAAUUGAUUCGUUUAAAGCCUGCCUGUAUGGACAAAGUGCGCAACUUUUACAGUUUCUCGAAAAACUUCGAAACAAAAUUUGUUUUCCUCUUUUCAACAUCAGCUUCGAUAACUUCCAAUUUCGCUUUCGAGGUGUUUAUUGGGAAGCUGAAAGAGUCCAUUAUUUAUGCAGUUGAUGUAAUCUUAGCCGAAAAUGAGGAAGUGCUGAAGAAAGAGUGGGAUCAAAGAGAACAGUCAGAUUGGAAUAUCGUGACUUAUUUGAAAUCUUACGAAGCCUUAAUGGAAUUUUACAAAGUCAUUCAGAUACACCAAGCAGUAAGAGAGAGCUACCUGGAGCUAAAGGCUUAUGUUGAGCAGAGUGUUUUAAACUGCAAGAAUGGAUCUAGGAUCUCGUGGGUGAAAUCUUUCUUAGCUGAACAAUCUAGAUGGCCUGGAAUGACAUUAAACGAAUCUCUUAUUUCUAAAAACAGGGAUUCAAUCUUGUCUGAAAAACAGAAAUUAACUUUUUUAGAUUUACAAAAUCUAAUAUUCGCCAAUAUUUUCUUCCAGUAUCUCAGGGACGCGUCAUCAGUUGAUAAAUUGUUUUCUGUUACCUUGGAUUUUGUGACUUUUACCCAGACUGUUUUGAAAACUGUUCUUGUGCCAUCGAAAGCGACAUCCCCUCACGCUAUUGAUUGUUGGGCAUUCGUAACUGUAUUAUCAGUUCUGCUUUACUGUAAAAAUGAAGCUAAGGUUAAUUUAUUCGACUUCCCUGAGUAUACCAUACGUUUGUGGGAAGUAGCGAGGAUUGCAUUGGAGAAUCUGGGAACUGCAACUGGACUAUACUCGAAAGAAAAACAGUCCAGUGAUAAAAUUCAAGCUGGCUUGGAUAUUAUGGCGGGUGUCGAGCAAAGUGACGAGUGCAUAGCUUCGUUGCAGCUUCGAAAAGCACUCAGUUCCAAAAGUAAUUAUGACGAGAAAUUUGAAGAAUUGAUAACUAUGGCAAUCAGCACAUGCAAACACAAAGGUUGGAAGCGGAAUGCGUGUUGGAAGACCGUGCAAUUAGCUGACUUCCUGAUGGCCAAUGGGAAAUUGGAACUGGCUGCCAAACACUACUCUGACUCGGUCGCAGUCUACACGAAUGAACUAUGGCCUUCGAUUGAAGUUCUCAUCAGGAGCAAAAUUGUCCAGUGUCAGCAGCACGAUAAAAACGUAUCAAUUGAUGCCAUCAAUGUGCUGGCGUCUGCUCUGAACAAAGAAACGACUAAUUCGUCAGAUCCGAAGGGAGUUCGAAUGUCGGCCAUAUUCAACGGACUUAGUCCCAAGAGUGAAAUCACUUCGCCUUUUCUGUCCGAGAAUGGAAUACGAAUAAUCUCAUUCACAGCAGUGGAUGAUGCGACUGCGGCUCCAGCCUGUGCGGAACAGCAGCAGCAACAACUGGGAGCUGGAGUGACAGGAGCCACAGUAGUGGCUGAUCUGAAGUUGUUCGACCUAGUGUUAGACAGCUUGUUUCCCUCUGAACUGAUAGGUGCUGUGGUCAAGUGGUACUACGCCUCAUUCGACGAGGACUACAGACUCGGAUAUGUGCGAAGUUCCCAUUUGCGCUUCCUCCGACCGGAACAAGUGAUUGAGCGGAGUCAGGCGAGCACCAAGCAGGACAGUGUGGGAACUACUAAGAGUAGCCAAGCGGCAGGCAGUGUCAUCAACGCCAUCGAAAACAGAUUCACUAAAGGAGGCGAGGGAGUAUUUACAAUCAAACCUGGCAAACACAAAUACAGAGUGGGAGGAGAGUUCAGAACUGCGGGCUUGUACCAGUUCAAGAAGAUAUCAUGUAUAAUGGGCAAUGUAAGAAUGGAUAUAGUGCCUCCGAAAAGUAUCGACUUCCACAUACACAAUAUAGCGCCGAAAGUGAGUGUGAUGGAAGCAACGAAGCCAAUUCAUUCACAUGUGAAAACGAAAGUGUCAGUGGUGGCAGAACCUUCCGAGUGGCCGACUAGCCCGACCUAUCUCCUAGAAAUGUGUUCAUGUCCUACAGCUACUGUUAAAGUGUUAACAGAGUCUGUGGUUUUGGGAGGCGAGUCAAGUGAGCAGAAGGAAUUGGAGAUAGAGUUGGAAGUAUUCACGUCUAUUCUCACUGACUUUCACCACGUCUGUUUCCACUGGGUAGUCCACCCAUCUCAGAUAUCUCUCACCAGUAACUGUCAAGUGCCAUCAAAGAGGCCUCUCACUAUUGUGCCAGAACUGCUUCCCGCGAUCCAGCCUCCGAUCAUGUUGCUGACUGCGAGGAAUGGAUCCAACGCGGAACUGGAGCUGACCGAGUUCCAGCUGCAGCACAGGCCCAGUGUCAAGGUCGAGUGGGCAAAGGUCAACCUUUGUGGCCCUACUGAUUCGGAUAAAGCAGUGAAGAUAUUAGGUCAGUGCAAGGCUUGUUGGAGUACUGCGCCUGCCUCUCUGCCUAUAUCAAAUGAACUGAGGCUCUCCUGUCAGUAUAAGACAGAGGACUUCAACCAAAAUUCCAUUUCAUGGUGCUCGAUCUUCACUGCGCGGACUCUGACCUCGUCUUCCAAGUGUCAGUACAUGUGGAUGUCCGUACAGAAGGAGUUCUACCAGUUCCCCACUGGGUCCAAGUCAGCCCCCGACUUCAAUGUGAAAAGUGCAGUGGCGAUAGACUUGUUCAGCGAGGAACUCAGACAGGGCAAGAAGUACCUAUUCUCUUUCAAGGCUAGUCUGUUGCGCAAUCGGAAGAAGAGCAAGUUCCUAUAUUGGGUGCCUUCCAGUGCUCAGUGGGGCAUGACAGGAACCAACUCCAGGGGAUCUCUCGAUCUAGAUCUUCCUAUCAACAUAGAGGUGACUGCGAGGAAGCCUGGAGAUGACAUUGCACUGCCCGAAGUGGUAAUCAGAGACGACAGCGACAUCACCACCCCACUUGACAUAGUUGACACAAGUGAGUUCAGACGAGUGAAGGUAGUGCCUAGGAGGAGCACCGCUGACACCGAAAAAGGGGGACUGCUCAAACCACCCAGCACACCAGGGGGCAACACCUCCCCCUCUUCCAUAGUGCUGAGACCCUCGAUCAGAGCCCACUCUCCUGGUAAUGUAAGCUGAUGGGCGAUAUGAGGGUGGGCGAGAGAGGUUACAACACAAAUAUCAACCACGAUGCCAAAAAAUAAUAACGAGAACAACUUAAACCGCAAUCAAAUCAAAAAUAAUCAAUGGAGUGUUACAUAUUCGAAGCCAGUACACUGAUGAAGAUCUAGGAUGGGAACUGCAUGCAUAUAAUGAGGCAUAUGCAUAGCUAAUCAAUCGCAUGAAUUUUUGAUUUUCGAUUCUUCAUUGACUAAGUUAAAAAAAAAUAGAAGAAUGAUGUGAAAAAAGCGGUCUAAUGGGAACUACGGAAACAAAGAGACGAGAAUAUUUUUGAACUGAGUUUGAAGUUGAUUUAUUAAAGCUUGAUCUGAAUAUGUAACAAUGAACUGAAUAAAAUUAAAAUAAUGGAAAAAAUGCCUUAUAAAAUGCACAACAGUUAUUGAUUAAGUCGGUUGAAAUUGUUUUUGAAAAUGUGGUGUUAUAUUUAAUAAUUAGGAUUUAGCAUCAAUUCAAAUUAUCCUAUGCUAUAUUUCAAUUAUA